AUGAAACUAUCAUCUCCUACGAGAAUAUGCACUACAUCGGCAUCAAUCAACCUGGCUUCGCGUUCUAUUCUUACGAUAGGGGGGCUCAAUCUCGUCAGUCUCCUGGAUUCCAGUCAUGUCUCUACCAUCGGUUUCUCCCUUUUCUCCGGCUGGCGUAAUAAGGAGGGAGUCAGAGACUACCAACUCGACAAUGUUGGCUCGAUCAUGUUUAUAUUGGCAGGAGGAAGUACAGCAUGCUUCUUAAGCUUAUUUUCCAAGGCGCGGCUGAGAGUUAUGCCGAACGGAGUGAAAGUCCUGAGUGUCUUUGGUUUUCCGUCAGACAAGAUAUUCACUUCACUGUUCUUGCUUGUUCCCCCCAGGGCUAUCUUCUUUCCUUUUGGAUCUGCCUCUUUGACCUGUGAUCCAUGA